UGGAUGGAUAGACUGCUGGACCACCUCUAAUGUUGCCAUCAGUAUAGGAUACACCUACCACCCCAUGCCAGUUCUACUACAACAGGUCCCUCAGUCAGGGGAUGAGGAGGCCCUCCUGGCCCCCCUCCGUCCCUCCAAAUACCUCCACCCUCAGGCACCGGACAAUUUUGACCCUGGGGAGAUGGAAUCAGACUUGAUUGCAGUGGAACUAGAAGUGGCACCUUCUAUGCUCUGUGUUUAUGGUUCUCUACUCCGAAAUUUUCUUCAUGUCAAGGAAAAUUAUUUAGGGGAGGAUCAGAAAUUUACAGAUUUUGAGGAUGGCUCCCAGACCCCAGGGAAGGAGGGACAGGGAAAUGUGGGCCCCCUGUUUGUGGAGGACUGUAACUUACAGGGGCCAUUUGAUGAGAGAUACUACCGACCCUUUGCUGUCACUGUGUCACUGGCUAUUCAUGAUAUUCAUGGACACUUGGUGAAGAAUUGUAAUGUUGAUGGUUUGCCUUGUCCGAGCAUCUUGUUGGAGAGACUCUGUUUUGAGAUGGACAAGGCUUACAAAGAGACAAAACUACAGCUUCUCCUGUCUCCAGCAAUUCUUAUUGCCAAGGACACAUUCCAGAGGGAAAAUGGAGCAAAGCAUUUAAAUGAAGGUCACCUGGGGUUAUCAGGGUUACAGGUCAGAGGUCAUGCUAUGUUUUCCCAUGAGGGCCUGCCCCUGGACAGUGAGACCCUGGAGUAUGGCUGGUUAGUGGAGGCCAUUAUAGGAGACCUGACAGGCAAACUCACUUCUCCUCAGCUUCAGAACCUGAUAGAGUUUAUACAAACAUUUAUCAUGCUGGUGGAAGAUCCAGAGAACUGCAUGGAAAGAUCUGUCCCCUACAAGUUCUGUCAACACAUGCUACCCCAGCCCCAGUGUCGAAUGCUGCCCCAGUACAACUUCCCUUGUCCAACCUCAGAGGAGAUUAAAUACGAGAUGGUCAGAGUGUCCCUGGACUCCAUCAACUUCUGUCUGGUAGAGACUGGGACAGCUCUAAAUGUCCAGGUCAGCACAGUGAAAUUAUCCACUUGUAACUUACAUGGUACCAACACAAGAGCUGGCAUUACUGGGAGAAUAGAAAACUUCUCACUGCGACAGUUCAUCUCCUCUGCUGUCCUCAAAACUGACGAAUCCCACCCAGAACUUUGGCUGGAGUCAGGGAGUUUGAUAUUUGGACCACUAGAUGCUGAGGCCGCUAUGGCUCUACCUAAUCCAGAUUUCCAUGAUCUUCAGGACAAAUUCCUAAGGAUUCAUGACAAGAAAACAAAAAGAUUGUGGUUUCUGUGGCCAGUGUGUGAACUGAAAGUUCAACCGACUGUCGUGGGCAAAUGUGGGUGUCAUGGAGGAUGUGUGUUCUUUGGAAGUAACAGAAAUGGUGUGGGAUUUUUCAGUCAUAGAAAAUCCAAAGAUCCCUCUUCCAGGGCAGUCCUGCAGGUUUCUCCGCUGGGGCAGGAUCCAGGUUUUGGACAGAGUUUAUUAGUCAGAGACAAGCUUGUGUUUGAGGUUCUGCCCAAUAAUGGGGAACUUUCACCUCAUAAAAAUUUCACUUUCACUAGAGGUUAUAUGAGUGACCUUCUGACCACUCCAGAAUCCCCAGGAACUAAUAUAACUGUGAUAGAAGAUCCUUCUUUGAGCCUCAGUCAAGCUGGCUCUGUACCUACUAUGAGUAAGGCUGAUCAGGACCAUACUAGUGAUACUGGGACAAAAGAUCAAGUAGAUUCAGUGAAAGACUUCUCUGACAAGACUGUUAGUCCUGGAUCAGAUACAUUUCCACAAGAUUCUCUCACCAGUCCCAUGUCUGAAACUCGUAGCCUAGUGUCAAGGCUGAGCAGCAUGGAGGAGGGAUUUGGUAAACAAAUGUCCAGUGUCGCAAGUUCCCCAACACUUGAAGGAAGAAGGAAAUUAUCUGUUGAUUUUGAGGACGUCAAGUCCUCUAGAACAUCAAUAUCUAAUUUAUCAAAGGCUUCACCCAGGAGUUUAAGGCAAGAGAAGGCCUAUUCUGUGGUGUCUCUAGAGAGUGAGAGAUACUACUCUGCUGAGGAAGAUAAUUUGGAGAACACCACUGUUAUGUCAGGAGGUAGCAUGGAUAAUAGCAUCUUAUCCACUGCAAGUCAGGAUCAGACCAUAACAUCAGUAGACAAUGAUCCAUCCAAUGAAACUGUCAUCUUCCAACCAUCCAAACAAUCUGUGGUGGAAAGACAGCGAAGUGGGUCCACAACCGACUCCACACUGUCUUUUGAGUCUGCUGCCACUGACCAGAGUGACUUUUCCGAUGAAUUAGAUUCUCAAGAAAUCUUGGAAAAUUUCUCUAUGGUUGAUUUACAUGGCCAAGUGAACAAACCAAUCACAGAAUCUCCAAUACUCAUGAACUGCUACUCAGGUCACCUGACUCAGUACGAUUGUAAGGAUUGGUCCGCUCCUCAGCCAAUCCAUGGCUCUGGUGAGAUGAAGCACAACCAUUCAGCAUACUCCUUGUCAUCAGUUAGUCAGUCUCAGCAGUACAUACAUAGCCCUGCUUGCCUUCCACAUUUUAGAAGAAUAAGACAAGGAUUCUCCACAGGACUGAUGACAACAAAAGAAAAAUCAAUUCCUGAUGCACCUGAUCCAUGGACAACUACAGAUGGAAAUGUUCCAAAUGGAGUGAUGGCAGAGGAAACCCUUUUGGAGAAUGCCUCUAUUACAACUGGAGUGGUCAAACUUCAUGGCUCAAUGGACAUAACUAUCACACCACUAUUUCUAGAAUCUUUCACAAGAUAUGCUGAGGCUGUAACACCAACUCUAGAAUCCCUUCAUCCCAACUCGCUCAUUGAUGGCCUACACAGCCAGUGUCUGGAGCGUCUGAAGCGACAGAAUCGACUGAAGAAGGAGGAGACAGCUGAGGACGGGACAGAGAAGCAGGUCCCAGAGAGACAGUUCAGUACCGAGAGUCGCAACCAGGAGGGGCACAUGAAGACAUCAAGUAUACAGGCUCUGCUCACUGUGUCCAAGAUCAACAUUUGUGUUUUACAAGCUGGAUUAGUUGAGGAGGUCAUCUCUUUCUCAGCUCUGGAUAAUCUCCAUGAUUUGACCUGUGUCUCUCUCCUGGCCCUGUGUAUAGACAACGUGGAGUGUCAGUUACUGUCCAACAGUCACUCCUGUAAAACCCUGACCGAUUCCAUUCAGGUCAACAACCCACAGAUGUCCCCCAAAAAGAGGCCAGGACGAACUUCAACAGAGAUGAAUUUUACAGACAGACAGGCGGACAAACAGUUAACGGAAGUUUGUCGAGAGGAGGAUGUUGGGACACUGAAGAUAGCAAGAAUUCAUCUGCAGUUACAAAGACUACUGAAGCAUAGUAAUUACAUGGAUGACAUUCAUUUGACAGCUAUCCCUGAGCACCGGUCAAAAGUUCUGUUUAAAUUUGAUGAAUUCCCCAUCACGGGAGCUCCAGGAUAUAUGAAGAUAAGACGUAGUAGUAGUGCCAGGAAAGAUUCUGUGGCCCAUUCUCCAAAAUCCAGGCCCAGCAGACACUCUUCAUUUAGCAGACAGACAAGCAGAGACAGUGAGGGAAGAGGAGGAACACUACCCAGACUCUUCAAACAGGGCAGUUUUGAGGAAGAGAAAAGGCCUCCAAAACUCCGGAGGCAGGAAAGUAGAGAAUCGUAUCACAUCCAUGAUAAAGGCAUUGGGUAUAUUAUGUUUGAAUGUGGUUUAGAAGACAUUAAAGCUACUGCUGUUAGGAGACUGGGCUUUAAAGACAUCACUGAUGCAGAUUUUCAAAGGAAAAUGGACAAUAUUUCAAAGAAAUUGGAAGAUAUUCAGAACUCUACAAAGCAAGAAAUUAAUUGGCAUCUAGGGGAUAGAAAGGAGGGAAAAUCCCCCACAAAGCGAGAGCCUCCCAAAAGGCAGGAUGCCACAGACGCAUCUUCUGUUCACUCAUAUGAUUCCAUGGUAUCCAUUCCAUCCAGUUGCUCCAGUAUUGGAGACACCCAUACAAAUGAGGAUCUGAAGGGGGAUGCUUCCAGUGGGAUACUAGAACUCAGUACCAUCUGGCUCAACUUUGCUGCUCCACCACCCAUCUCAAUCAAACGCAAAGUCGACUUUACAAAACUAGACUGGAAUCUGCUCAGUACUGCUACCACUGCCAUUAAUGCUUGGUUGAACCCAGCUGACCGCUUGAUGACCGAGAUCCGGUCAAUGAUACUGACCCUCACCCACAGGACCAGUUCUGUAGUGGCCUGUAUAAUGACCAACGCUCUGGAGGUGGAAGGAAUCAAACUACCCAAAAAGAGCAAAUACAGUAAAGUGACAACUCUGGCCUCCACUCUCCUGGAGGAGCCUUCAUGUCAGCUGCUGACCGCACUACGACGGUACCUCAACAAGGUGGGGACACAGCCCGUGGAGGAGGCAGUGGUGUCUGACACCAUCCCCCAACUCAUCACCAUCCAGAAAGGCAUCCUGGCCCUCACCAGGCAAUGGAAGAACCUCCUGUACAUGCCUCAGAUGUCCAAAAUCAACUUCAAAGACAGGAAAAGUGUCCGACCUUACACAGUGAAGUUUGCUCUGCCCGAGAAUGGAGAUGAUGAUGACAUGCGAGUUGAACUAGAGAGCACCACUGAGCAGAUGGAUACAGUGGAUGAGCGUGCUUCAUUGCUUCUGUCUGAGGAGAGAUCGGUUCAUCAUUCCACCUCUAUUCCCAGCUUAAAUGAGCAGGUGGAGCAGCCAGAGGCAGAGAGCAGGAAUUCUUCAGUAAGGCGGAAAAUCCUGGGAAAGGUUCACCAAUCUGCUUCGGGGACACCUCCAACAACUAGUCUCUUUGACUCACCAGACAGAAAGCCCACCUUGUUCAGUAAGAUUAGCGGUAACCUCCAGGCACCCAACAUAGCUAGGAAUGAAAGUACCUACAGCUUCCACUCAGCAGCAGCUAGUUUGACCAGUUUAGAAGAAACACCACCUGCUACCCCAAUGAAAGCAGAAUUACCAAAGGCAUCUAUUUUAAAGAACAGAGAGGAUAAAAACAGGGACUUGUACCACUGGAUGGCCAUGCAAAGGGACGAUGAAUUCCAGCAAUCUUAUGAUGAAAAUCCUGCAAUGAAGAGGCAUGAUUCACUGAUCAAUGCUUUUGGUAGUGCUUGGAGUCAAGACGAUAGUAAGCUGGAUCUUACAGACCAACAGUUCAAUUCUUUGACAUCCAUCAUGCAACUGGCUGAUGCACAGAGCUUUUUCAAACCAUUUUUACAAAGUGUUGGUCUGCAUGUUGAAGGUGUCAGACCCUCAGCCAUGAUGAAAAAAUUUGGUGGAGUUCUGUCUUUGGAGGGAAAGCUGAAAUACCUUAAAAUUGAGAUUUCUGAUUCUGGAAAAAGAAGGGGUAAAGGGAAAAGUAAGAAACAUCGAACAAAAUUAUUGAACCUGACGGACGAGAUGCCAGCCUUUAUGUGUCACGACUUCUGUGUCAGUGUUGGGAUGAAGGAUGUGAUAGAUUUUGAUAAAGAAUCAGGAGAGACAUUUGAUCCAAACUGUCAGUUGAAUUUUGCCAUGCACAAGCUAGAAGCCAAACCAACAACUUUACAAGUGAACUUCAUGAUCAACUGUAACUCAGUGACUCAACAUGUGGAUAUGCCUCUGUUGAGGCUUAUCCACCAGUUUGUAACAAUGGCUGAAAAUGUGGAGGAAACUCGUAAUGAACUAAAACAGAGCAGUUCUGCUGGUGAAUGGACAAGAACUCACAGGAAGCAAGGAUCUAAAGGUUCUAGCUCUAGUGCAGACACCCAGGCCUCUAACAUGUCAGAGGGGCUCAGUCCAAUGUCAACAGAGGUAACUCCCAGUACUCCCAGUACUUGGAAACCAGAAAUAAGUGAGAAACAGCCUGUUGUUGUUAAAUUUGAUACUGCUAAAUCUGAAUCAGAAAAAUCCCCAAGGGAGGAAAAGUCCUCCCAAGGAGGGACAGAAGGAGUAGGAGGAGGAAUGACAGAGAGUCAGUCCACUGGAGUCCUCACUCCUCCUCAGUCCCUGAACCUCAGUGAGACAGUGACAAUAGACAUAGAGGAAACAUCCUCACCAGCAGUGACAGAGAAAACCUUUAUAGAUGAGAUCCAUGCCACUACUCCAAAAUGCUGGAAGACAUUGUAUCAUCUGCUAGAACUGUAUUCCACCAUGCCAGAACCCAAAACAGUAAAAAGGAAGCCAUCCUCAAAGUUACCGGUCAUUGAGGAGGAAUCAGAGGCUGAGGUCCAUGAGGAGGGGGAGGAACCACAGGAAGUGACAUCAGACGAGGGUAAAACUGGGAAUAAUACUAAGAUUGAGGACCUAAAUGAUGAGGAGAAGAACAUUGGUAUACCAAGUAAACCCAGGCAAUCUAUCACUCAGGCCAGGUUCAAACAAAGUAUUUAUGUUGGGGAGACAAUUCCUUUGGUAGUUUUUGGCAUUGCUAAAGUAGAAGAAGUCAAAAUCCUGGCUGUUCUGAGUGGACUGAAGCUGGAAGCCAAACUGAAAAAUGUACAUGCCAGUGGCACAUACAGAGAAAAAGUGAAGGGUUUUGUCCAGAGGAAGUCCUCAGAAUCUUCCGUCACAGCUCACAUUGGACACACCCUGGUACAGCUGUUUGAGGGGAUUCCCCCAGAAAUGAAGACGGUCGUCACUGUUAAUAUUGAUAAGACCCAAGCUCUACAUACCACCAUUCUGAGGAGAGGCAAGGAGCAUAACUCUGCUAUGAUUUCCGUCGGACUGAUUGAGGUAGAUAUCCCACAGCACCCCGUCGUCCUCCAUGGCAUGAUGACUAGAGGCUCCAAGCAGAUCUCCAGUACACUACAAGAGUUCAGAAGACCCGUGUCUAGGUCAAGUCGUAAUCUGGAGACGGUACAGGAAGUAAGCAGUGCAGAGACUUGUACCGGUGAACCUGUCCGUAAACCCAAGGCCCCGCCAAAGGAGGGGGAAAAACUCAAUCGACCUAAAUUCCUCCACAUCCAUGUCAAGGCCAUAUUUCAAGGACUCAUCACAGGGGCCUCUCUGUUACCCUCUCUCAAGGCUCAACACAAGACUGGCCCAGUUUCCUUGAGCGGAAUGACUGGCAAAAAAUCCCGAUUUACAAUGGAUCUCCAGAAACACCAGCUCAGCUUUAAAUCCAAGCGCGUCGAUCUAAUCCGAGAGGUGCAGACAACUGAGACCUCUCUUCCCUCCGAGGCAGAGAUAGAGUUACCUCCCAUACACAUGUACGCUGACUACCGCCCCCACAAGCAGAUGGAGUCCCCCUCAGAUAAGCUAGGGGAGGGGCUGGUCCUUAAGGAGGGAGACUUCCUACACGCCGUGGCAGAGAUUGGCAUGCUGGAACACAGUCUGACCACCGAUCUUCUCAAUCAUCUAGUCUUUGUGCAGAAAGUUUUCAUGAAGGAGGUGAAUGAGUUGGUACAGAAGGUGUCGGGGUCAGAUCAGCCUGUCCCCCUGUGGGAGGGGGGUGAGGAAGAGAAACCGACCACCCAGGAUCUCCUCUACUCCUUCAGCUUCAGGUUCAAGGGAAUUCAGAUUACAGCUACCACCCCCACCUCCAGUGCUGUGAGGUUAGAGACGGGGUCUGUUGAUCUGGAGGUGUCCAACCGAGUGUUAAUGGCUACAGAGGACAGGACGCAGAAGGCAAACAAAGUUAAUGAAAAGAUGUUCAUCAAGGCUCAAGUAAACCUGAACUUAGCACUUGGACAACUUAUCAAGAACCCAAUGUUUGAAGAAGCUGAGCCUGAAUUCCAGACUAUGGCAUUCUUCAAGACAAAAAUUGGGAUUAGAAAUGCUUUACAGGACGAGUUGAUUCCUGGAGCGGCCCAGGACCAGGAAGCUCUCCUUAUCACCCUGAUGAGACCCAUCAUACUGGCCCAGCCACUGGCUUUUGAUAAAGCUGUUCUAGUUUGGUUGAACUAUAAGAAUGCAUAUGAAUACUGGACAGAACAGAGAAUGGCACUAAAUACAGAGGUGUUGAAUGCCACCAGACAGGUAAUAGACCGGAUCCCUCCUGUGAAGGCUGCUGUGUCCCCCGCCUCUCUCAGCACACUCUUCCUACAGCUGACCGUCGAUGAUAUGGGGAUCUGUGUUCCUGUUACUUCUGUCUCUCAGUUGUACCCUGCCACCCCACAGACAGUUUUUGUUGACAAUGAGCCGGGGUCAGCCUUAGUAUUGACCAUCAAGGGAACUCAGAUCUCAGCGUGUUCCUCAGGGUCACUGGUCAGCAAGGGCAGAUUUCAAGAAUUCUGCCUGAGAUUUGCGGAUGAUUUUGAGACGUCCUGGGAUGAUUGGAAGCCUGACCCCUGUGAGAGCCCUGUAAUGAAUGCCUGUGUGGUACCAGAGGGGACGUAUGAAGUAUGCUCCAGGACCAUCAGCAAGCAAACUACAGAUCCUAACAGUAAUGCUAAAUGGAUCCUGAAUGUGAGAUGGGAAAUGCAGGGUAUAGCAGUACACCUAAACACCAACGUUGGUAAAUGUCUGUCGGCGUUAGGUAAAACCCUGACCGCCCUGGCAGGCGAAUCAGAUGAAGAGUUGUCAGAUGAUGAAGUGGAUGCCCGGUCAGAUCACGUUUUCUCUCCAAACAGUCCUUCUGAGGUUUCGAUGGCGUCCAUUAGAAGGCCCAGUCAGAUGAUGGACACACUGCCAGCUUACGUCUACGACACGACUAUGGACCCCAAACUGAGAUUCCGGCUCAUAGAGAAGGAGAUGAACGAGCAAGCCAGAGUCGUCCAGGAUCUCAAUCAACUAGGAGCCAGUUUACAAACUAUUGAGGUAGAGUCAAGAAAAUUGGAGGAGCUGAAAGCCAUAGUGUUCCAGGAUUUUAAAAGGGAGAUGCUGAAUAAACUCAAGAAACAAAGUGAAAGUAGGGCCUCAGCUCUGAAGGAUCAGCUAGGUAUAGGAAAUAGACCAACUCACAUCAGAUCUAAGUCUUACGGAGGCUCCAGAAUGGAAAGAAAAGGAGCUUUUGAUUAUGAGAAGAUCAUCUCUCAGAACCGAGACAUGUACAACAGAAAUAGUGCUUGGGAGGGGACCAGGACCCUCCCUAGUAAAGUCCAGUUUGGAUCCUCAGUGGCAUACUCACCCCCAGAGACUCCAGAUUCCAUGUUGUCUAAGUCGUCCCAGCCCUACUCCCAGUACUCUAACAGUCCUAUGUUAGAUGAGCGGUCACAGAAAUGGGACCUCGGAUACGACGACUCCUCGUCAUUAUCCUCAGAGUCCUCAUCUCAGUCCUCCUCAGGCCAGGAGGGCAAGGGCACCCUCACUAGAGAUGUCGUGUUUGAAGACGGGGAAAAGACAUUGUCAAAUUCUGUGGAGAGUUUGGAUUUUUCCAGUAAACAGAACACCCUGACCCCCAGUCUGGGGAGUGGGGGGUCAUCAUCAAAGUCUAACACAGCUCCAGAACCCAAUAUCGACUUUGAACUGGAUGUCAAAGUUUUCAUUGACAAUGGGAAAUGUGUGCUGCAUCCCAAGGAAGUCAAAGAAGAGGAUAGUACUAAAAAACAACAAAAGAGAGAGAAGACCCCUGACCCCAUGUUGUCCCCGACAUCUAAGAAGAAGAUGACCUCCACCCCCAUGUCAGCCCCCGGGAAGAAGCCUCAGGCCACCCAGCACGGUCAGCAGAUAGAGGACACAGUCUUCUUCUUACCCAGCAUCGAUCUCAAAGUACAUUACAAUUCCAAAACGCACAGCUGUGACUCAGACCUUAAGUCUAAAUCAUCUGUUGACUCGUUUGAGUCGGAGGAAGUAGGAAAGAGAAAAUCACCCUCCCCUGAACCCAGCCCAUUGGACCAGGACUCGCGUCAGAAAUCCUGGCCCCCUCCCCACUACCCCACGGUGACCGUUACCAUAGAUGAGGAGCAGGAGGAGGUGAUGUUGAGAAGGAGGUCCAGCCCCCCACCACCCACUGUAAAGAGCCCCUCUCGUCCUCAGCCCCAUUUCACUUUGGAGUCAUUCGAAUCUAGAGAGAGUACAUCCUCCAUGUCGUCUAAGAAGUCUGGGGUGAAGAAAGCUAAUCUGUACGCCUGGUUAUCACUGCAGUCAUUGCCAGAGGAAAUGGUGAUCAGUCCAUGUAUUUUGGAUUUCCUGGAACAAGCUUUGGAGCCAAUUCCCAUAGGCAUCACCAUGCUGCAACAGAAUAAAAAAGAGGAUCCUGAAGACAUGGAGACCUCUUACAGCUCCCUGGGUAACAUGGUGACCCAGACAUCGUUCCCUGUGGAUGUGGUGGUUUUUAUCCGCGUGGAGCCCUCAAUUAUCCGCUUUAACUGUCUGCCAAGUUCGCGUGUGGAGUGUCUACUGAAGGUCCCAGCUCUAGAGACUGUGUUCUCCACCAAGAGUACAGAUAUUGAUACCUCACUGGCCGAGGGGACACCCCCUCUGAAAUCUAAAGCAUCCAAACUGAGAGAGAGGAACCUGAGUGGGUCCCGUCUCCUUGGUGAUACUCGCCCCCGGGCCAGCAGUACAAACUCGUCUGCUGAUGGAGGCUCACUGUCAGUGGGGGGAUUGAGCUUCACUGGAGCCAUGUCAGAUUUCUCCCUGUAUAUAUUCCACCCUUACGGAGGAGGGGUCCAGAGGAAAUUAAACACAUCCACUGGAUAUAACCUAGGAAGCAUUCAGGAACAUGAGCCGGCUUGGUCAGAACAAACGAGACGAGACAUGCUCAGUCUCAAUGUGGAGUUUGUAAAAAUUAACAUCUCGAGAAGUCGUAAAAUAGAACUACGAGCCCUGGACAAAGAAGCCAAGUCUAACAUAGUCAGGUUCUCAGCUAUCUGUGAUAUUGGCUCUGCAGCAUUUAAGUACGACAUGAGACGAUUGUCAGAAAUUCUCUCCUUCCCUAAAGCCUGGUACAACAGAAGUCUGGCCAGGCGUAUGUUUCUGGGAGAUGAAAGUUACAUCCAUAUAGCUGAUGAUGACUCCGAUUCGGCCUCCACCGGAAGUUCCCAGGGGGACAGUCCCGUGAGGGGCCCCGUCUCUAAACUCUUUACCUCCUCCCCCUCCCUCUCCCAGUCCAACAACCUGAGUGUUGUGAUCCCCGGUCACCACCGUAGCAGCUCCUCGGGGGACAAGAUCAAAGUUCAGCUCAGCAACGACCUCAAACAACAGAUCGACAGCAAAUUUGUCAGAACAGCCUCCAUGCCACAGUCCCCCACUGAUUUGAUGUCCCAGGAUUUCUUCACUCAUCCCCACACAGGAACUCCAGGCUCAACAGCAAAGACUCCUGGGAAACACAAAUCUCUUCUCCACCAAUCAGAAACAGGGAGACAGAAAAGUCACCAUAGCAGCAGUCAUGUGACUCCAAAAUCUGUUUCCUGGGAAACCUUGGUGCUCUUUGCUGUCAAUCUGGCCAAGUUGGAUUUACAUGUCAACAUGAGUAAUGUCAUGGGAAACACUGUGUGGACCACACAGGAAAUAAAGAGCCAGGGGAGUCUGUCUAUUCAUAGUAAUGGCCAUCGCGACCUGAAGAUCACGGCCGGGACAGGAAACUCCCACUUUGACUCCCGGGGAGGGGUGGUGGGAGGGACCAUUGACCUCAACGACCUUAACCUAUUUGUGGAAGUGAAUGAAGAUCCAGAACAAGGGAAGCAACCCUUACACAGUAUGGGGGUCUCGCUGUACACAAUUGAGUGUCGUAUGGAUUACAUGGGCUCGAGUGUGCUGAUGGCUCGACUCAAUGAGUUCAGGAUCGCUCUGAAGGAUGAAUGGCUGGUCCAGGAUAAACUAACAAGUGACACUCCAUUGGCAACUACAAGGCCUGCUAUCCUGUUUGCCCAUGGUGACCUCCACUGGGAACAGUUCCACAUGAUGAUUUCUCGCUCCACCACUCCAGAUAUCAUUAAAAUGGUCUCCAAAAUAGAAGAGUUCUUCAUGAACCAAUUCACCAGUAGCAGACGGGUAUUGAUUGCUCUCGGCCCCAAGCCAGGAGUCAGGAGAGGAAGUGAACGCAGAAAAAUGUCUGACGAUGUUGAUUGUAUAUGGGACAUUCGUCACCACAGACACUGGCAGAGGGCCCUAGAACUGGUGGUGGGCUGUCGAUUUUCUAUGCUGCCCAGCAUGAUACCAAAGGAGGGUACCAUUCUUGGAGGGAACAUGACCUUGAAAGGCAAAAACCUGACCUUGGCCUGUUUCCAUGGGAUGAAUUUCAAAGCCAAGUCCUGGGCUUUAUUUACAAUGCAUGAGCCCUAUAUAAUAUUUGCCACUGAGUCUCAACAGCUACCUGAAGGAGGAAUUCAUGUAAUCCAGAACCUGAACUUCUACAUUGGACAUGACCUGACACAGCAUACCAAGGAGCAGCACAUGGCCUACAUCUGUAUGCUGAGUCGGGGCCACUCUAUGCCUCCCUCUUUCACCAGUGUCCAGGAGUGGUUCCACUACACACUGGCCACAUCUGACAUCAAAGGACUGGACUGCUUCCCUCAGAUGCUUCAUGAAGAAGAUGCCCUGGAGUCGCGGCGGAUCAGGAAGGUCCAGGCCUACAGUCACGAUACAGAGAUGAUAUUCCUUCUGCCAUCCCUACAACUCCAGCUAAAAACCAUCCACAACCAGUCACAGCACGAACCCAAACCUGAGGACCCCCGUCCUAUUGUGGAGUGCAGUUUUGUGACAGAGUUUGAGGAUCAUAUUUUUGUUGCCAUGGAUGCAGAGGUCAUUCUAUUCCUUCACGACCUUAUCCUUUCAUAUAUCAAGGAGAAAGACAAAGGGACAAAGCCUCCUUAUGGAACAAGUUCCAAGUCUCCACGAACCCCAGAAACCGAGAGGAAGCGGAUCACAGACCCCACCUCAGCCCUGAAGGAGGACUGGAGGGUGUUUGAAUGUAAUACCUGGCAUCUAGAACCCACUGUCAGACUUCUCCACUGGGCCAGUAAAGGUAAAGAAAUUGACACGGUGGUGGUGGACUAUGUCUUACAGAAGCUUGGGUUCUCUCACGCUCGUGUCACUAUUCCUAAAUGGAUGCAGCGAGGAUUCAUGGACCCCCUGGACAAACUGUUGUCAUUCCUGAUAGAGAAGCUCAUACUCGCUCUCAAAACUCAAGAAAAAGAAGUCGCCGAGGAUGUGUAGAUUUAGGGGGAACAGAAGAAAUGUGUGUCAGCUUUAGCUUUUAACUAGUCUGACGUUUUAGGGUAAAUGUACAGACAAUCAGAAUAUAGAAAAUUUCACCUUUUGGGGGAGUGUUCAAAGAUUUUAUUAUUAUUUAUGAACAUUUUAAAUCAUUUAAUAGUGAUUCAGAAAAAAACAUUGUACAAAGUACACAGUGACUUGCAACAAAUUAUGGGUUAAAAAAAAAGUCAUUCAAUAUAAUUAUAUUUAGAACUCAACAGAAAUUUAGAAAACUAAGAAAAUUUUCUUUAAAAUGCUUUACCUAGCUGAGUUAGUAUGC